AUUAUUUACUUAUGAUUUGAUGUGCAUUUUGUUGACUAAUAUAUCAAUCAGAGACUGGUCUUAUCGCCCGAUUCGAUGACAUUCAACGGAUGGCAGAAGACAUCGAUCCCAAUAUAUACCCAAUUCUAUGUAUUCAAUGUCACAAAUCCGGAUCAGAUUCGUGACAAACAACAUAAACCAAUAUUAGAAGAAUUGGGUCCGUAUACUUUCCGUGUGUGGACUGAGAAAGUGAACGUCAGUUGGGAUCACAAUAACGGCACCGUUCAGUACAAACAGAUUAGGAGUUGGAGUUUCGUGUCCGAGAAGACAAACGGCAGUUUAGAUGAUCAAGUCGUACACCUCAACGUACCUAUGAUUAGCGCGGGCAACGAAUUGGUGCGCCGACACGCGUCGAGUCAAUUCAAAUUUGAUGCCUUGAAUGUGAUAAUAGACGACUCGGAGAGUCCACUCUUUAAGAGGAAUACUAUAAGAGAACUACUGUUUGACGGAUACGACGAGAUUCUGUUGCGGGCGGCCAGAGAUAUCUUCCCGCAGACACCGUUCACACGGUUCGGCUUUUUCUACGGCCGCAACAAUACCUCAACGGACGGCACAUAUCGGAUCUUCACCGGCGAAAAGGGUAUCAAUCGAUUAGGACUUCUCGACACAUGGAAUCAUCGCAAGACUAAUAGUAAAUGGUUUGGAAAGCGGUGCCAGCGAUACGACGGCGUCUCCGGCGGCGACUUUCAGCCCCCGUAUCGCAAUCCCAGACCCAAAACGAUCGAUGUAUUUAUGGGCGACUUUUGUCGGCCAUUCACUCUGGAGUUUGCCGAAGAGGUGGACUGUCGUGGUGUCAAAUGCAGCCGCUAUUGGGCCAGUCCUACACUUUUUGAUUAUAGUUUGCCUGAGAAUCGCUGUUAUUGUGAAUCAAAUCGUUGUCCGGCAAACGGUGUGUUGAAUGUAUCGGUGUGUACGAUGGGAUCGCCGACCGCCAUAUCAUUUCCUCAUUUCCUAUACGCGGAUAACAAUUAUUUACAAUCAGUCGACGGACUGACGCCCAGACCUGUCGAUCACAGCUUUUAUAUGGAUUUUGAAGAUCAUUUGGGGGUCCCAUUGAAUGUCGCGGCGAGACUUCAAGUGAAUAUUGUGGUCGAGAAGAACCAGAAUCUCGAUUUUUCACGAAAUUUUUCCGAUAAACCGCUAUAUUUUCCACAAUUUUGGUUCAGCACUACGGCUGCCGUUGGAGACGAUAUGAUACAACAGCUAAACUUUUUGGUCAAUUUAGUGCCUUAUUAUAUAAAUAUAAUUUCAUUUCUAUUCCUAUUGAUUGGUUUUCUAACACUAAUUUCGGCCGCUUUUUACACCUAUCGCUGCAAAAAAACCAUUCAUAUAAACAAUCGCCAAAAAUAUAAAGCCGUCGAAAUGAAUUCAACACAUUUCUCCACUUAAUUCUUAUUAUAUCAUCCAUUGUGUCUCACAAACUGACCACGAGCUCAACCACUCAACACAAUUUCUCAAAUUAUACCUUGAUAUUUAUAUAUACACACAGUAUAUACAUAUCAUACAUG